CUCGUUCGUAAAAUAUUGUUUUGCUACUCGAAAAUAAACUUCAUAUCUUCGCGCCACAAUGUAAUAUCCUCUCUAUAUAUAUGAGUUUCUGUAUAACGGUUCUUACGAUCAUGAAUCAAUAUUCGAGAAUAAUAGAGACCAUAAGAUUGAGGUUUUUGGGCAUUUCCUGCAAAUCGCGAAGGUCAAGAAGUCACGUGACCAGGCCCUUGCCGUCAGGUUUGCGGUUUGAGGUUCACGUUUGUACGGGUAGACCACGUUCUAGAGGUAAGUUUUGCACCUUAAAACAUCACAAUCCCACGAUUGAGAGGAAAUAC